AUGGAUCCCUCUUACAACCAACCACUUACUGAAGAUCAGAUGAACAUGGCGAGACAUCUCAUCGAAAGGAAUUUCUUCGUCGACUGUCUAAGUCUCGCUUCUGAUCAGGAGCUUGAUUAUGGCAUUUCAAGCCCCGACCAUCCAUCUCGUCCGGCGUCUCUUGUUAAUAUGCCUCCAACAGAACCCGAGGUCGUUGCAUUCAUUAUGAGCCGCAAGUCCAAUUGCACAAAGCUUCUAAAUGGUUUUGUAAAGCUUGGCUUUGAGCCUCGUCAUGCCAUGGUGCCUUUGGAGAACCGGGACAGCAAUGAUCGACAGUCUGCCUUUGUCAAAUUCCUGGAGGCCAUCUAUGAGGGAAACACCCUCAUUCGCAACCGAGCUAGAAUUUUUGCCAUCUUUAAGUGGUUCAUCGAGUGUCAAGACAGCGUACACAGCCUCUCAGCUUCGGAUCUCGAUCGCGAGAAGACAAGUUAUUGGACUGCCCCAGGGCGACCUCGAGCCCCGAUGGACCAUCUAACUGAGAUGCUGAAAUGGCAAGCAUCAGGCUCCAGGGUUAAAAAGAAUGGGGUUCGAAUGAAAUGUGACAUGAUCGAGAUGCUAUGCGCCAAAGGGGCUGUCAUCGAUCUCUAUCAAGAUCGUUUCUGCUCAGGCCAACGUUCUAGUGGACUGACGCCCAACAAUGCAGUCGGGAUCGCCAUGACGCCACAGUGUCCAGCAUCAUUCCUUCGACUCUUCCUCUCCAAUCGUACGCAAGAGGAUCAAGAGUUCGUAGCUGUUGGUAAAGUCUGGAAAUCAUCUGGCGCCGACCUUCCACGAGGUAUGCAUUAUGCUAUGACCUCCAUGGAAUAUAUCGUCACACACAUUUACCGGGACAUCUUUGGCGCAAUCGAGCAUGUUGGUGGCCACUUACGCAUCGACCAGGAGUACCGGGCCAAGCUGGCUCUGUUGAACCAGCCCCAGUGGACUGACAACACAGAGGCCCAAGCACUGAGGAAUCUUAUCGAGGUAGUCAAUGACAUUCUCCAUGAGAUGGAACUCCAAACAGAUUUUUCGCAGGUAGAAGAGGGAGCAGGAUUCAAAACUUACAGCUGGUUCAGACUGUGUCGUGCUGUCUCCGGUUUAGCCAACGACUCCUAUCGUGCCGAGAUUAAGGAGUCUUCCAAGUACUAUGGCGACAGACGGCAUCGGUUCGUUAUGGAUCCCUUAUGGGACCCUAGACUUCAGUGGAUGGAAUCCGAGCUUGACAAGCAGGUCUUGGAUUCUAUUUUGCUCAUUGCUCAGCUUCCGCGUGUUGAAGUGGCCAAUCUCUGGCGACAGAUGAUCCUUCAGCGAGGUAACGGUCGUCAAUGGUGGGAAGUCGAAGAAGCGUACAAUUUCCAUGUUGAUGCCUGGGAUGUCGAAAAGGCCCUCGAAGAUGGCGCUCUCGAUAGAUUUGCUGACCUGAGCCUGUAG